GCGCGAAGCGGUUAAAGUUCACGUUCGAGAGCUGGGAGAUUAGAUUUUAAAUUCGCUUUAGAAGUGCAGCAAAUCGGUAUUAACGUUUGUCCACUCCACCAGUUACUAGUCCGGUAGCACUUGACAAGCACUUAAAAGUUGUUUCUUUAGUUAGUCAGUACGCGCUCUCCGACGAGGAAGGAAGCCUUUGUUGUCAUACGCGAGUCCAAACCCGGGAAUCGAGAACCAGUUUUACGUGUCGUCGCCCAAUACGAAACCUGCAUCGAAAUGCCAUCUAAAGAAGUGAAUCCCGAUCUGCUAAAGGAGCGCCAGACAGCUACCUUUGAUCCCCAUGAGUUUUCGGUCUUCUGGGCUGGUGGCGAGGAGAAAUACAAAGAGAAGAAAAGCCUGGAAAAAAUGUUUCUCGAGGAUCCGGCUCUGAAGGAUGACCUACCAAUCUCCUACAUGUCGCACAAGGAGCUGUACGAGCACAGCCUACGCAAAGCGUGCAUCAUAGGGGAGAAGAUACGAAAACUUCGCGCAGAAGGCGAGGAUGGCGUCGAUACCUACAAUGCCCUUCUCGGUGGCUCUCUGGGCGCCGCCAUAUUAAAGGAGGGCAAUCCUUUAACCCUGCACUAUGUGAUGUUUGUGCCCACCGUCAUGGGUCAAGGCACCAUGGACCAGCAGGUGGAGUGGCUGAGCAAGGCAUGGGACUGUGAGAUUAUUGGCACCUAUGCACAAACAGAGCUGGGACAUGGAACCUUCUUGCGGGGCCUGGAGACUCGCGCUGAUUACGAUGCCAGAACCCAGGAGUUUGUCAUAAAUACGCCCAGCCUUAGUGCCUACAAAUGGUGGCCAGGAGGCUUGGGUCAUACGGCAAACCAUGCUAUUGUGGUGGCUCAGCUGUAUACCAAGGGCGAGUUCCGUGGGCUUGCGCCGUUCAUCGUCCAGCUAAGGCACUCGGACACUCACGAGCCUCUGCCUGGCAUCGACAUAGGAGAUAUUGGUACCAAACUGGGCAUGAAGUCCGUGAACAAUGGCUACCUGGGUCUCAAGAAUGUCCGCGUUCCUCUGAACAACAUGCUAAUGAAGAAUCAACAGGUUCUGCCCGACGGCACCUAUGUGGCGCCCAAGAACAGCGUUCUCACCUACGGAACUAUGAUGUUUGUUCGAUGCGCUCUGAUUCGCGACACCGCCCAGAGUCUGGCCAAGGCAUCUACCAUUGCCACAAGGUACUCGGCGGUGCGCCGACAGAGUCCCAUCGAUCCGAAUCAGCCGGAGCCACAGAUCAUGGACCAUACCACACAGCAGCUAAAGCUGUUCCCCCAAAUAGCCAAGUCGAUUGUAUUCAAGACCGCCGGCGAUGGCAUUUGGAAUAUGUACAACGUCUUGUCGGGAGAGAUCGAGCAGGGUAACCUGGAUCGCCUGCCCGAGAUGCAUGCCCUGUCCUGCUGCCUGAAAGCCAUCUGCAGUGCUGAUGCCGCCGCUGGGGUGGAGACCUGCCGUCUGUCCUGUGGCGGACAUGGCUACAUGGACUGCUCCAACUUCCCGACCAUAUACGGCAUGACGACAGCUGUCUGCACGUACGAGGGUGAAAACACAGUAAUGUUGCUUCAGACUGCCCGAUACCUGGUCAAGGUAUAUGGCCAGGCCUUGAACAGGGAGAAGCUGGUGCCAACAGUGGCCUACAUCAACGACGCGCUGAGGGAAAGGCAGUUUGUUAAUUUCGAUGGUUCCCUGGAGUCCAUUGUCAAGGCGUUCCAGUUUGUGGCCGCCAACAAAAUCCGAAUCGCCUAUGAGCAAAUUGAGCAACGUCGUAGACAGGGUCACAGCACCGAAAUGGCAGCUAACCUGAGCGGAACCUUUUUGACUGCAGCGGCAGACCUCCAUGGACGCGCCUUCCUGGCCGAGUCAGCCUAUACGGAACUGCUGGCCGUGUCGCGCCAGGUCUCGCCAGCGCUGGCUGAUGUCCUGAAGGUUGUGCUAGAGCUGUACCUGGUCGAUGCCUGUCUCAAUCGCAUUGGCGACUUCUUGCGCUUUAUCGACCUUACGGACAAAGAUGUCACAACUUUGGAGAUUCGCCUGCAGAACUGCUUGAAGCAAUUGCGUCCAAAUGCCGUUGCCUUGGUGGAUAGCUUCGAUUUGCACGAUCGCGUUCUGGACUCUGUACUGGGGGCGUACGAUGGCAACGUUUACGAGCGCAUAUUCGAAUCGACCAAAAAGAAUCCACUCAACAAGGAGCCUGUGAACGAAGCGUUCCACAAGUACCUGAAGCCCUUCAUGAAGGCACACCUCUAAAUAUUAUUAAAGGGGGGAAUUCUCCCCGCUAUUGUUACUCGUGUAAAUAUCACUACUAUUGUUGUGCAGUUGAAACUAGGCUGUAAAGUUAUACUCGUACGAAUAAAUAAACCAUUUUUAGGUACAUA